CCCUGCAAAGAGGACAAGAUAGUGUUCACUAUUAAGGACAUGAGAUUUAAGGCCGGACUGAAGAUGAAGAUCUCUGGAAAGGUUAAAGCUGGCUGUGACGGGUUCUCCAUCACCGUCGGUCAUGACACAGAAGCAGUCGCCCUUCACUUUAACCCUCGAUUUAACCAGCGAGGAGACAGCAACAUCAUUGUGUGCAACUCGAAACAGGGCGGCUGGGGCGAUGAACACCGUGAGAACUGCUUCCCUUUUCAACAGGGUGAAGAGUUUAAGGCAACCACUAGUGACCCUGCCUACUUUGACUGGCCUCUUCAAGUUAUUGAAACAAGCAGGAUAGUAUACAUUCAAGAGAUAGACAAAGAGGUCUUUAUAACAUUUAACAGACACUUGUCAUCUUUAUUGUGAGCUGUGUCUGUGGGAUCUGUGGCCCCACCCACGAGCUUGCGAAACUAAUCAACCGAAUGGGAAAAUUUUUCAUACUAUAAUUUAAAAAUGAAAAAUAUCCCUAAAAAAAAAACAAAAAAAAAAAAAACAUCAACAACAACAAAAAAAAAACUCUUUGGAUGUUGGCUGAACUUGAUUCAAUCACGGACAGUGGUUCCACAUAUUUGAAAUAAGUUCUCUUUAAUUAAAAGUACCAUGUAAUUUCAAUUUAAAUACUUCACUUAUUUUUGACAUUUACUCCCCCUGUCAAGUCCCAUGCAGAUCAUGCUGGAAAAUAGAAAUCCUCUGCAUCAAUUAACCAAACAAAAAAUAUUCAUGUUGGUAAUACAAAUGGAUUAAGUAUAGCUGACAAGAUACUUCUUUUAGUUGAAUCAACUCAAAAAGUCGUUCCCUUGGUUACAUUAACCAAGAUUUGAAUAAUACUUUUGUAUGGGAGGAUUGAGUAAAAAUGAUGAUAGUGAAAGUUCAUUUGAGUGUGAUUUAUCGGCCUCUGAAUAAAUCCGUUGAUCACUAGUAGUGAUAGCUUAAAAAUAAAUCAAUUAAACUUGUUUUUCUUUAGUUUUCUCUUUAUGUUUGUGCUCUAAUGUAGUCUUUCUGUAUUUCUACCCCUUAAAAAGUUUCAAUUUGACAGUAUACAAACUUUGCCAUUAGACGGGCAGAAAUUCUGAUCACAGGAUUGAUUUUCUGCUAUAUUUGCUGCUAUUCUUUUACUGUUGUCUGUACAUCUGUUUGCAGAGACUGCUAUUACAGGUGCAUCUCAAUAAAUUAGAAUGUCGUGGAAAAGUUCAUUUAUUU